ACGGAUAACGAUUCGUUUUUUCAGUUUUCGAUUUUGUGUUUAAAUGAAAAAUGGACAAAACGGAUAACGACCGUUUCCCGUUUUGUCCAAUUUUGAUACUUAAGCAAUUUGCGUGAACCGGAAAUGAAACUUUACUAGGCGCAUAGACACACGCGUAUAUUGACAAGGAGGACGCGCAAAACAAACUUAAUGGCCGCUGGACUUGAGGAUCAUCAUCAUAUAAUUAAACAGCUUUUUGAGGAUGGAAAAACGCAUGCUGAGAUUUCUAAUACGCUGCGGCAGUUGGGUAUUAAGAGAUCCUCGGAAAUGUCGGUGAGAAGAUUCUGUAUUCAACACCAACUCCGGCGUAAAAGACAUGUAUCAGACGCAGAACUGGAAACUGCUGUCCUGUCAUCAAUACAUAAGACAGGUCCAACUUAUGGACGAAAAUUCAUGACAGGAUACCUGUCAUCUGUGGGAGUUAAAGCAGGUGAAUCUCGAGUAGGAAGGAUUCUUAGAGAAGUUCACCAACCAUAUUAUGAGCUGCGUUGCCAGGGAGCACGUAACCUAAAUCCAGUUCCCUACCAUGCCGAAUACAUGGGUCACAAACUGCAUCUAGACCAAAAUGAGAAGCUGGGAAUGUUUGGAGUGACACAUGUCUUAGCUAUUGAUGGUUUCAGCAGCAAAAUUGUUGCUGUAUCCACAAUGCCAGUGAAAAACAACCUUAUUAUUUAUGAGGAAGUAUACAGGAAAGCAGUUGCUAACAACGGAUUAUGGGACCAAAUCAGAGUCGAUCAUGGCAGGGAGUUUUAUUUGACUCUGUACAUGCAAGAAAAGCUGUCUCAACACAGACAUAACAUCAAUAGGCUUCCUUACGUGCAGACAACCUCUUCAAAGAACCUUCGAGUGGAAAGAAUUUGGCCAGAGGUCAACAAUCGGGUGAACUAUCCCGUAAAACAGGCCCUGGUCCACCUGCUGGAUCAGGAAUUACUUGAUAUGCAGGAUAGUAUUACAAAAUUUUGUGUCUCCAAUCUGGCAUGUCAAGUGAGUGAGAUAGGACUUGGCAGAGUUGUGCAGUCCUGGAAUGCCCAUAGGAUACCAGGCAGAGGGAUACCAAACGAACUUGCAGCUUCUAGUUGCGCAACAAGAAUUCCCACAGAGCUGCUGCCCAAUGCUGCUGAGGCAGCACACAUGUACGAGGAAGAGCUAGGGUCCUCCCUGACUUGGGUGUCUGCCUUUGGCUCUGACCCAUUUUUAUCAGAGCAAGACCGAUCUCAUGCUGAGCAUGUGUUUGGAGAGAGGUUUCCAGACAUGUCUGUUCUUUUUGAAACAGUGGUUAACAAUGACUAUAGAAUGUUUCAGGAGGCAUUGUUGUACCUUUUAAGUGUCUCUGGAAGACAUGCAAGAUAAAUAUAGGUGGGAGUAUAUCUAACUAUGUAUAUGCAUAAUGUAUACGUACAGUGGUUUUAUAAGAAAUUUAAGCUAAAUUGCAAAUGAAUAAAUCUGAUUUUUUUUCAGAACAA